CAAAUAAAAUCAAUUAUUUUAUAAAUGACAAUAUAAUAUUUAAUAAUAAAAAAAUUACAAGACAGAUCAAUUUUAAAUUCAAAAAUUUACCGCUACUUUGCCGCCAUGUUUUUUCUACAAUGGCGUCUUUAUCCCGGAACAUUACGUCCUCUAGGAAAAAAUUCAAGCAAACAUUUUGACAAGAGAGAGAGAGAGAGACACGAGAGACGGAGAGAGAGACUUUGAGAGAAACUCAAACAACAGGGGUAAAUAAUAUCAAUGCGCCAUUUUCUAUUUUUGCGUGAUACCAAGUGUUGUAUGUGUACAACGUUAAUGUGAUAAAUUAUUUUAAAAAAAUCAAUAAAUAUUUACAUUUAAAUAAUCAAUAAUAAACAACAGUUAUUUUACUUUAUUAUUCAAUAAAAAAGCAGUGUUUUUCAAGUGUUUGUGGUUAUAUAAAAAUUUAAAAAAGUAAUAAUAGUUAAAAAAAAAAAAAAAAAAAAAUAUGUCGAUAUUUAGUACACGAUGAUGUACGGCAACGCGUGUAUCAAAAUAAGCAACAUAUCGCACGGACCCGUCUACAGUCCGCGUUGCCGCGCGUGAAAAAAAAAAAUAUAAAAAAUUAUACUUUUUUUUCUUGCUAAUCUUAGUUAUCUGCAUAUAUUACACACAUAGCUUUUGCAAUCGUAAAUACACUAAAAAAAUACAUUGUCAAAUAUAAAAAAAUAAAAAUAUCCGUCAUUUUUGUUCCAAACUUUGUUUUUCACGGCUGGAUGAGGGGAGAAGAGGAGGGAGGGGAAAUAGUUGUGGACAAGAAGCCAGAAUAAUCCAAAUAUAUUUUUAUUAUUAUUAUUCAAUAUUUUACAUUUUUUUUUUUCUUUUUUUUUAGUUUGUAAUCGACCCUAGUGAUUAUUAUUCUUUUUUUUUUUUUCUCGUUUUGAUAAUCUUCAAAAAAAAUAGUGACAACCAAUCAUCUGGGAACAAUAUUGUCAAGUGUAUUUAAAUUUUUUAAUCAUCAACAAAACAAAUGGAUUAAUUGAAAUUUAGCUACACUUUCUUUUUUUCUUGAAAAAAAAAAAAAACAAAAUAAAAAACGAUCAAUUUUUGUGGAUGGAAAUAAAAAAAAUGUCAUUGCCAAGAAAUCGAGAAUAUUGAAAAUAAAAAAAAACAAUAACAAUUAUUUUCUCCAGUCUGUGAUAAUAAACGGUUAUAAAAAAAUAUAUAUAAGUAGAUUGUAAAAGAAAAUAAAUUAAACGUUUUAUUACGUAGUGACCUACGAAAAUAAAAAAAAAAAAAAAAACAAUAAUAAUAAUUGAGUUUUCAUCUGGGACUAUUCAGCUUCGCUUCACCUAAUUUUUUCGUUUUUUUUUUUUCAUUUUUUAUUAUUCAACGAAUAUACAUUUUAUCGUAAAUUUUUUUUCAAGGUUUUAAGUGAUAUCGUGUUGGUGGUGUUGAUUGUGAAAAGUGAAAUAUAUUUUUAAUUUUUUUUUUUUCAUCUUGUAAGAAAUUAAGAAGGAAUACACCGGGAGGGUGCGCGAAAAACAGCACGAGUUUUAAUCCUCGUGAAGGAGAGCUUGUUGAGAAGAAAAAAAAAUAAUUAAAAAAUAGAAGAAUGUCGGUGGAAUCUGUGUCGAGUGACAGACCCGAUGAAACGGAUCCAAAAGAUGAAGGUGAUGAAGCUAUUAUAUCAAUGUCUGUUGGUGGUGAGGUCACCGAUUCUUCCAUCAUGGAAGUGGGAAGAUCAAGACCUCAAUAUCAAUAUACAAGGGAAGAAUUAAUGGCUAUUCAAAGUUUACCAUUAUCAAAACGUCGUCCAGAGUGUCUUGAUAUUGCACAAAAUAAAUGUUUAAUAUCAAGUUCACGUUCAUCAUGGGAAUCAUCAUCUGAACGUUGGCAUUCAGAUAAAAAAUUAAGUGAAACAUCACCAUCUGAUGAUCAACGUCCAUUAAAUAUACGUGAACGUGAUCAACAAAAUGAUUUACAAAAUAAACGUCGUUCUGGUGAUCCACGUGAACGUAUACGAAAAGAACAAGAUGGUAUUGUAUUGAGUCCACAACGUAGAAGUUUUAAUACUGGUUGUUUUGUUAAUAUAACACAGCCAAUAAUAACACGUCGUCCAGAAAGUCCAAUUGGUAAACCAGAAGUACAACAUCGUGAACCAGUACGUAGAAUUGGAAGUGGUCGUUUAUUAACACGUGACAUGUGGGAUUUUCGUCCAGAAAAUGAUAAAAUUGAAUCUGAACGUACUGAUUAUAAUUAUCGUACAAAUAAUAAUUCAACAAGAGAUAUUAAUCGUGAAAGAGAUAAUAUACGUGAACGUGGUGGUGAUGAACGUAUUGAACGUAUUGAUCGUAAUGAUCGUCUUGAACGUAAUGAUCGUAUUGAUCGUAAUGAUCGAAUUGAACGCAAUGAUCGUAUUGAACGUAAUGAUCGUAAUGAUCGUUAUGAACGUCGUUCAUUUGGACGUGAUUAUGGUGAUCGUGAUCGUAAUAAUGACAAUCGUGAUCGUAAUAUUGAUAAUAGACAUCCAAUGGAUCGUCGUGAUCGAAGAUUUGGCAAUGAUCGUAGAAGAAAUUAUGAACCAAAAGAACAAGAAGAACCAGAAUGGUUCAGUGGUGGUCCAAUAUCACAACAUGAUACUAUUGAAUUACGUGGAUUUGAUGAUAUUGUUGAAGAAAAAACACCAUCUAAAAAUAAUAACAAUAAUAGUACUAAUAAUAAUAAUAGUAAUAUUAGUAAUAAUAGUAAUAGUAGUAGUAGUAAUAAAAAAACAUCACCAGCACAAAAAAAACGUGGUAAAAAAUUAAUAAAUGAUGAUAAGUCAAGUGAUAAUUCGGCAGGACCGAAAGGACGUAGUACACCAACAUUAUUAGAACAAAAUAAUUCAAUUCAUGAGCCACAUUCACCAAUAAAAGAUGAUAAUGAACAACAAUCAUCAAAUGGUGAUACUAAUUCAGAUGUAAAUAAUACAAUAAAUAAUGAUACAAGUUUAAAUAUUGAUAAUUCUGAUAAUUCAAAAAAUCAUGAUGAUAAUAAUGAUGGUAGUAGUAGUGGUGGUGGUGAACAAAAACACAUGAGUUUUAAUCUUGAUGAUUUUUUAAAAUCAGAAAAUUUACCUGCUGUUUCUGGUUUAUUAACAAAUGGUGUUGGUGGUAGUGGUAAUGGAAGUGGUUCAAGAUUUAGUCAAUGGUUUAAACGUGAAAGUCCAAUUCAACAAGAUGAUACAAUUGGUACAUCAAUAAAUGAUGAAUUAUUAAAUAAUUUAUUAAAUGAUAUUACUGAGCCAAAUAUUAAAGUACCAACAACAACUGAAUCAAAUACAUAUUUUGCUCCAAUAUCACCAGCAAAUCAAACUGGUACAAAUGCUGCUCAAACUGGUAAUGGAACAAAAUUAUUGGAAUUACUUCAAAGAGGAUCAAAACCAAAUCAAAAUGGUCAAGUUAAUAAUCAUCAAGAAUCAAUGAUGAAAAAUAAUAUUAAAGAUAUGGAAACAAGUGGUAAAGUUAUGCAUUCACUUGAAGAAUUAGAAGCACGUAUGCGUGGUGGUCUGACACAAGUAUCACAAAUUGAACCACCAAGAGUUAAUAAAACUGAACAAGAUGAUAUGUCUGCUUUUAAAAAAUUAUUGGCUCAAGUUAAUGGUGGACAUGCUGUACCAGCAACAAAUGGACCAAUUUCAUCAAAACCUCCACCACCAAUUACAUUGAUGCAACUUUUAAAAUCACAAGUACCAUUAUUACCACCGCAACAACAACAACAGCAACAACAUGCUCUUGCUCCACAACAUCAGCCACAAUUGUCUGAACAACACCAACAGUUUAAUCAUAUUGGACCACUGGGACCUGCUCAACAUCCUCAUCAAGCUCAAAUGCAACAUGAAAAUUUAAUGAAAGUUUUGAGAAUACAACAACAACAACAACAACAACAGCAACAACAGCAGCAGCAACAUCAAGUACAAAAACAACGGCAACAACAAAGUGAUAUGCUUUCAAUGAUGAUGGGUGGUCAAAGAAUUGUCGGUGCUAGUCCAAUAUCUCCAGAAAUGCAACAAAUGGUCACAAAUAACAAUAAUCGUGAUCUUUUGCAACGACCUGAAGCACUAGCUAUUAUUCAAGGUCUUCAACAGGGUGAAAUAACAAGACAACAUUUGAUACAACAAUUGCAGAACCCUGCAAUGCAACAUCGUCAUCGUGAAGUAUUGGCAAACAUAUUGAAAACAUAUGGUAAUACAACACCUCGCACAGUUAGUCCUCAUCAAGGAUCAAAUCCUACACAUGAUCAAAUGCUUCAACAACUCAUCUUUCAACAACAACAAAGAGGUCCAUCUCCCAUGAACAAUGUUAUUCCACAUCGAGUACCAUCACCUCGUGAUCUUGUUAUGCACACACAGUCUAUAAUGCAAAAUGCAUUGAUCAAGACUAAAUUAGAAGAGCAACGUGAAAAUUAUCGUAAACGUCAAGAGCAACAGCAUCAUCAACAACAGCAGCAACAACAUCAACAUCACCAUCAUCACCAUCAACAACAUCAACAACAGCAACAACACAUGCAACAACAGCGAAUUUCAAGUCCUAUGAAUAAUUCACCAUCAAAACAAAUGAUGAGUCCAACACCUUUGGCAUUUACACCAACUUCAGUACUUCGAAAAAUGACUGCUGAAAAAGAACCUGAGGGAAGUCCUGAAGCCUCAAAAUUAGCUGCUCAAAAUCAGGCAAGUCAAAUGCAACAAAUGCAGACUGCUGUACAAUUUAUUGCUCAAGGAUUAUCACGUCAACAACAACAGCAACAACAACAACAACAACAACAACAACAACAACAACAACAACAACAAGGUGCAAUAAGAUCACAACCAAAUCAACCCCAGCCAAAUUGGGCUAGUCAACAAGUUAAACAGCAUCCUGCUGGACGACCAAUUGUCAAAAGUGUUGCUACAAAUCAAUUUCAAUUUAGUGGACAACAAAAUUAUUCAUCUCAACAAUCUUCAACAUCACAAGACGGUCGAAUACAACAACAUCAUCAAAUGGGAAUGUCAAUGGUUAGACAAUCAUCAUCUGGUACAAAUGGUAGAAGUUUAUCACCAACAUCAAAUCAACUAUUGCGAUGGUUUACACCAGAACUUCUUGCAGAAGCACGAGCUGGUAAACUUCCAGAACUUGGUCAAGUUAAUAUGUUAUCACUUGAAGAACUCGAGAGACUUCAACAAACAUCAGCAGUGGUAAACGAUUAAUUUUAAACACACUAACAAAUAACUUUUCAACAAUGAAGAUUUAAAAAAAAAAUAUACUUGAACGUAAUUUACAAGAAAAAAAAGAUAGACGAUGCUUUUUUUUUUCUGUUAAAUCCUGAAAAGAAAACAAUGAAGAUUUAAAAAAAAAAAAAUACAAUUUCGAGCUUUUUAAAGGGUUGUUUUAUUGAGCUCCAUGAAAUUAUUGUUUAGACUGUAUUAAUCCAAAAGACUGGAAACAAAAAGAAUGAAAAAAAACAAACAUCAAUGCUUCAUACUCGUUAGAAAAAAUAAAUAUUAAAUAAAUUAUCAUCACAGUUUAAGAAAAGAUCAAUUGAAAAUAACAAAAGACAAUUUAAAAAAUGAGUUAUGGAGCAUCAUUAAUUAAAUCAAUUGAAUGUCACUGGUUUAUUUAAAAAUAUGAAAAUAAAAGAAAACAAAAAAGUCGAAUUAGAAGAAUAGAAAAAAAAGAUGGAAGGAAAUAAUUAUGCAAAUAAAUAUUUGUCAUGAUUAAGAGAUAUAUUCCCUAAUGCAAUUUGAGUCAAAUUGAUAAAAUUUUAUCUCCAAGUCAUACGCUAAUGAAUAUAUUUAAAUAAAAAAAUAAUAUAUAAAUUUUGUAGAAGUUUAAAGAGUUAAAAUGUUACCCACGAUUAAAAAAAAAAAAAAGUGAAUGAAGAGAGUACAUGCAUUGC